AUGCAGACAUUACACAUUGCCCAGUUCAUAAUGCUGUUGUCCAUCGGCGUCCUGGCCUUUCCCACCUCGGAUGGCUCCGCGACUUACGGCCACGGCGUGGACCAAGCCAAGGCAGGCGCCUCGGGUAGUUUCCUUGUGCAUCAACGCCCCAGCGUCGCUGGGUCUGGUAACCUCGAGGUACGUAGCCAAAACAAGGGGAAUAGGCCUGCCUGGAAAGCCGAGUUUGCAGAGGAGAUUCGCCAGGCGCAGAAUGAUCAAAAGCUAUAUCAGUGUCCUCACUGCAAGGAUGGUAUCUCGAACCAGAUUUCAUUGAUCGUGCAUAAUGAAGCCUUCCAUCGCGGCGCGCCUAUGUAUUCGGUCAAGAACUACUACGAUCAGCGUAGACAAUGA